AAUCCACCCGCAGGUCCGCAGAAACUGGGUGCCACUUGCGCCCUGGGGAGUCUUGCGCAGGGGCGUUAGGAGCGUAGUCGCGAGCAGAUUUUUAAUUUAGUUUAGUUUUUUCAGCAGUGGCAGAGUGAAACUAAAACUGAAAACUGAAGUAUGUUUUCGUUACUGGGACGCCCUUGGCUCCCACCGCGGCCCUCGGGCUCAGUGGGGCGCAGCGUCAAGUGCUCACUCGUAACCAUCUGCUGCAGGUUAACUUUCCCAGGCACCAGGGAGAGUGUACUAUCCAAAGAGACAUAUCUGCCCCCUUUUAGGGUUUUAGGAAAGGGUCAUAAAAUUUUUGACUGGGCGGAGCUUUCCUAGAGGGCGGACUGUGGAGGAGGCGCACAGGGGCUCAGCAAAAACAAGUUUCAGGUCGCCAACAACCUGGUAGGCCACCUCCGACGCUCUGUCCCAGUUCGUCAUCCCGUCCGGACAAUUUUCAACUUCGAUUUUUCGGAGAGUCAGAUCCUAGGGCGCCUUUCCCGGCGGAGAUCCAGCUGGAAGAGCCGGCGGCUGCCCCGGCAAUACCUCCAUUGGAAAGGACUCUGAGAGAAAUGAAGAAAACCAUCAGAAAUGAAGUCAGUAGCCUUGUGGCCUUCUGUUAGCUGGACUGGUGUCUUCCUACUGCACUUCCUUGCAAGGACCCUCUACAUGAUGUCUGCUGAGGUCAUCCAUCAGAUUGAAGAGGCACUCGAUGAAGAUGAGAAGGAGAUGCUUCUUUUUCUGUGCCGGGAUGUCGCUGCAGAUGGAGCUGCACGUAAUGUCAGGGACCUUCUGGAUAGUUUAAGUGAGAGAGGAAUGCUGUCUGCCAUGGGCCUGGCUGAGCUGCUCUACAGAGUGAGGCGGUUUGACUUGCUCAAGAGGAUCUUGAAUACGGACAAAAUGACUGUGGAGGCCCACCUGCUCAGGCACCCUCAUCUUGUUUCAGAGUACAGAGUGCUGAUGGCCGAGAUUGGUGAAGAUUUGGAUAAAUCUGAUAUGUCCUCAUUAAUUUUUCUAAUGAGGGAUUAUAUGGGCCGAGGCAAGACAACCAAGGAGAAAGAUAAGAGUUUCUUGGAUCUUGUGAUGGAAUUGGAGAAACUAAAUCUGGUUGCUCCAGAUCAAUUGGAUUUAUUAGAAAGAUGCCUGAAGAACAUCCACAGAAUAGACCUGAAGACAAAAAUCCAGAAAUACAAGCAGUCUGCUCAAGGAACAGGAACAAGUUACGUAAACUCUCUCUCAAACCUGAGUCUUAAGGAUCCUUCAUAUAACUUAAGGCUUCAGAAUGGGAGAAGUAAAGAACAAAGACUCAUGGUGAAACAGCCUGACAUUCAAAGAGAACCAGUGAAGACAUCCAUUGAAGAAUCAGGAGCAUUUUUGCCUCGGCACAUACCAGAAGAAAGAUACAUGAUGCAGAGCAAACCCUUAGGAAUCUGCUUGAUAAUUGACUGCAUCGGCAAUGACACAGAGCUUCUUCGGGACACCUUCACUUCUCUGGGCUAUGAAGUCCAAUGUUUCUUGCUUCUGACUAUGAAAAAUAUAAUUCAUAUUCUUCACCAAGUUGCCCAUAUGCCUCGACACCAAAACUACGACAGCUUCGUGUGUGUCCUGGUGAGCCGAGGGAGCUCCCACAGCGUGUUUGGCGUGGAUCCGUCUCCGUCAGGGUUCCCUUUGGAUCGCAUCAGGAGGAUGUUCAUGGGAGACACAUGCCCUUAUCUCUUAGGAAAGCCAAAGCUCUUUUUCAUUCAGAACUAUGUGAAGGCAGAGAGCCAUCCGGAAGACAGUGGCUUCCUGGAGGUAGAUGGGCCAGAAGUGAACAAUGUGGAUUCCAAGGUGAGGCAGCCUGGGCCUUGCAUGGUUCACCGAGAAGCUGACUUCCUCUGGAGCUUGUGCAAAGCAGAUGUGUCUGUGCUGGAGCGGGCCUCCACCUUGCCAUCCGUGUACCUGCAGUUUCUCUCCAAAAAACUGUGGCAAGAAAGAAGGCGACCACUUCUGGAACUCCACACUGAACUGAAUGACAGUGUGUAUAACUGGAACAGAGGCGUGUCUGAUAAGGAGAAGUAUUAUGUCAGUCUGCAGCAUACCCUGAGAAAGAAACUCAUUCUCUCUUGCAAUUGAAAAGCCAAUUAAUUCUCCACAUGCUUCUAUAUAAACAAGUUCUUUAUAUAGAACUAAAAUGUAGAACAACCAUCACAAAUUGAGCUCCGUAGACUUCCAGUUAAGAUAGAGGUGUAGGAAGACACAUUUUACCUCCUCGAACAACCAAAAGACCAACAACAAAUUUAAAGACAAAAAAUAACAAGAACAUAAAUCGAACUGUAUGGAAGUCCAACAACCGAGGAGUUAAAGGAGCAACAUUCAUCCAGACUGGUAGGUGGGGCGGAGACAGGCAGCAGAGGCCGUGUGGCAAGGUGGUGGCUAGAGGACCAGGUGGGCGAGGAGGCAGCUGGCAGACAAAUGGUCCUACAUUUGUGUGCAGAUAGACCAGGAGGAACAGCUGGGAAAUGAGACAAAUCUCACAAUCCAAGGUUCCAGUGCAGGAAAAGAAAGCCUCAAAACCUCUGGAGGUAAAAAUCUGUAGGGGUUGUGGUGGCAGGAGAAACUCUGGGCCACAGGAGAGUCUCUUGGAGAGACCUACAGGGUCCUAGAAUGUACAAAAACCCACCCACCUAGAAAUAAGCACUGGAAGGUCCAAUUUGCUUGUGGAUAGUGGGGGAACUGGCUGAAAGCCAGCAGAGAGCCAAGCAAGCGGCAUUGUUCCCUCUGGGAUGCCUCCUUCAUACACAGGGUCACAGCUCAGUGACCUGGGUUGCCCUGCCCUGGUGAAUACCUAAGACUCUGCCCCUUCCAAUGUAGCAGGUGCACUGAGACAAAGAAAUAUGGCCCAAAUGAAAGAACAGGUCAAAGCUCCAAAAAUAGAACUAAGCGAUGAGCAGAUAGCCAACCUAUCAGACGCACAGUUCAAAACACUGGUAAUCUGGAUGCACACUGAAUUGGUUGAGUUUGGUCACGAAAUAGAGGAAAAAGUGGAGGCUAUGCAAAGUGAAAUAAAGAAAAACAUACGGGGAACCAACAGUAAAGGGAAGGAAACUGGGACUCAGAUCAGCGAUUGGGAGUAGAAGGAAGAGAUAAACAUUCACCCGGAACAGAAUGAAACAUUCAAAAAAUGAAGAGAGUCUUGGGAACCUCUGGGACAACUUCAAAUGAUCCAACAUCUGAAUCAUAGGGGUGCCAGAGGAAGAGAAAGAUAAAAAAUUGAAAACUUAUUUGAAAAAAAUAAAAGAGAACUUCCCCAAUCUGGCGAAGGAAAUAGGCUUCCAGGAGAUCCAGGAAGCUCCGAGAGUCCCAAAGAAGUUGGACCCAAGGAAGCACACACCAACACACAUCAUAAUUAAGUUACCCAAAAUUAAAGAUAAGGAAAGAGUGUUAAAAACAGCAAUAGAGAAGGCGAGAGUUACCUAAAGAGGAGUUCCCAAAAGACUAUCAGCUGAUUUCUCAAAAGAAAGCUUGCAGGCCAGAAGGGGCUGGCAAGAGGCAUUCAAAGUCAUGAAAGGCAAGGACCUACAUCCAAGAUUACUCUUUCCAGCAAAACUAUCACUUAGAAUGGGAGGACAGAUAAAGUGCUUCCCAGAUAAUGUCAAGUUAAAGGAGUUUCAUCACCAAGCCCUUAUUAUAUGGAAUGUUAAAAGGACUUAUCUAAGAAAAAGACAAAAAACUGAACAGUAAAAUGCCAACAAACUCACAACUAUCAACAACUGCACCUAAAAAAUAAACAAAACCAGAAACAAACUAAGCGAACAACUAGAACAGGAACAGAAUCAUAGAAAUGGAGAUCAGAGGGGAGGGGUGGUGGAAGAAUUUGGGGGGAAGGUACAGGGAAUAAGAAGCAUAAAUAGUAGGUAUAAAAUAGUCAUGGGGAGGUUAAGAGUAGUGUACGAAAUGGAGAAACCAAAGAACUUAUAUGUAUGACCCAUGGACAUGAACUAAGGGGAGGGUGUUAUAGGGCGAAGGGGAAUAAAGGGGAGAAAAAAAAUGGGACAACUGGAAUAGCAUAAUCAAAAAUAUAUAUAUUUAAUAAAAAAGUAAAGAACAUUUAUAUUUAUAAAUAAUUUCAGCAUUAAUUAAACAGGGAGAAAAAGUGAAAUGAUAAAGCAAAAACCAUACAGCUAGAAAGGACCUCCAAGAUGACAUAAGCCCCUCAUUUACAGAUGAAGAUCCUGGGAUACCCAGAGAGGAAGUGACUUGCCCAGGGUCACCCAGGAAAAAAAGAGAAAUUGAGCUGAAUGGAAGUCUGACAAAUAUGGAAUUAGAAAAACCAUAUCCAUUGAGACUGGUAGGAGGGUUGCAGACAGGAAACAGGCUGGUCCCUCACCCACGUAUGGUGGAUAAAAAUUCAGGAGGAGUGAAGAGUCCUACCCUGACACCAAGCAGAUACGUCCCCAUGAAUUCUGGCUGCAAAAAGCUAGCAGAGAUUGAGUUGGUAGAAGAAACUCCUGACGCCCCAAGCAAUUCCUCUUAAAGAACCCACACACGAACUCACCUACUCAGACUCACUCCCUCUGAAUUCCAGCACUGGGUAGCAGCCUGAAAGGCACCAGUGGCACACGGAGAAACUGAAGUGUCUGGCAUCAAGACAAGCAGAGGGCCACUGUCCCUUUCCUAAACAGUCCCCUGACAGAGCUGGCAAGCUAGUGCCGUCUCUGACUCCACCCACUAGGCGAACACUGUUUGACCCAUCUUGGAGACCCCCAAAGACUUUGUCCCACCCAACUUACAGGCCCACCCAACCUGCUUUUCCAUAUGAAUGGCUGGUCUUGGCUCAUGAUUCACAACUUCCUAAAUCCUGUCCAACAAGCAACAGCUGGCCUCAGUGAUCCCCAGGUCCACCCUAACAGCAGCCAGCCUAGAUUCACAGCCUGGCUUCGUCUGAGGAUCUCAGCCCAGCACAAGUUGCAGCCAUGUCAGGUUGCUUUAUAACUCAGGCAUGGUGGCCCUGGGCAAAACACAGGUCGGGGCUGACCUUGGCCUGCAUCACCCGGGAAGCCCCAGGGCCAGCGCACCCAGUGGACAGCUACAGACCACUUCGCAGCACCACCACCCUGCCCCUCUGGACAGCUGAUCAUCCAUUGUGGGUGGAGGUUGGUGGUGAGUUGUCUACCAGAAACAACAACAGUUAACCAAAACUUUGUGUAUUGUCCUGCAAAUUUAUUUCUGUAUACUGAAGAUCUGGAAGUAAGGCAAGGUGACUGUUUUAGUCUGCUUGAGCUGCUGUAACAAAGUACCAUGGACUGGACAGCUUAAUCGAACAUUUAUUUCUCACAGUUCUAGAGACUGGGAAGUUCAAAAUCAAGGUGUCAGCAAGUCUUGGUGUAUGGUGAGGGUCUGCUUCCAGAUUUGCAUAUGGUCAUCAUCAAUUUUUGUGUCUGCACAUGAGAAAGAGCAGAGAAAGAGGAAGAAAGCACUCUGGUAUCUCCCAAAGGCCUCACUUUCCCCACUUCCUAAUACCAUCACAUCGAGGGUUAGGAUUUCAACUUAUGACUGUAGGCUGGAGGCAUACAUGCAGUCCAUGACCUUGGCAAAGCCCUUAUGACUUGAAUGGGCUUCUAGGCAGUGAGCUACAGGUUCUUCUUAGAUUGUUAUGUCUUGACUUUUAAUUCUUUAAAAGGGUUUUAGAUGCAAGUUGUACACGCUCAUCAGCUUGUGAGACUCCCCUUUCACUUUAUUUAUUUAUUUAUUUAUUUUGCUCUUCAACACUGAUCUGCACCCUUUGCCCUCCGCAGCACUUGCCAUGGGUCAGUACUGUACUAUGUUUGAUGUCGUCCUUAAAUAUGCAUGCACGCAACCUUAUAAAAUGAGUUUUAUAUGCUUAUGCUUUUAAAUGACAUAAAUGACAUGCUAUAAACAAUAACAACAAACAGUCCAUAACAGUGGCGGUUGCUUGUCCAUUCAUCCAGGGACUCACAUGGCAUUUUACAGCUAAUCACAUACACUUCUCUUUCUCGGAUUUGAAGGUGUUACCUAAAAGGAGACCAUUGUUUAAAAUAUCACUUAAAGUUUUUAUUUUUGUUGUAAGCAGCUCCAUUUAUCAGAGUCAAUAAAUAACUGACAAACAUAACAAAUUUAAAUACAUUUUCAAAAGCUUGCCUGUAUAUAUAAAAUUCACAGACAUUGUUCUUUUAAAAAAAUAAAAUCUGUUGACAGCACCCUUGACAUAAAAAAAUGCCUUACUCUUGUCCUCUGACAGGACCACUUAGCAACAUCUUAAAGUAGGCGGGCUCUCUUUGGAGAGGCUGAGGCCUCCUGGAGAGAAGGAAGGGUUUCUACUCUGACCGCUUACCUCACCCACGUCCAUCUGAAUUGUGAUCCUUCUACAAAAAGCAGGUAUAUAAAAGCAGACUCAGUGGAUUGGGCAUUGUCCCAGAUCAGGACACAUGCCUGGGUUGUAGUCCAGGUCCCCGGAUGGCAGCAUGAGAGAGGCAAACAAUCAACGUUACUCUCACUCAUUAAUGUUUCUCUUUCUCUCUCACUCUUCCCUCUCUCUAAAAAUAAAUAAAAUUGUGAAAAAAAA